GUUAUAUACUCCACUAACCGAAUAUGCUGCAGAAUCCUUUACCUGUAUUACUUGUUUUUUCAUCACGCGGUGUGGCCGAGCAUAUCCUCUCAAAAUAUUCUUACCCCCGAUCUUUUCUUUACUCCAUAAAAUCCGCAGCCCAUAUAUGCUUUUCGUCAAAUUCACAUACUUCAUCAUUUCCGCCUGAAUAAAAUUGCACAGAAUUUGUAUAUCGAUGAAGUUUGGGAAACGGUUACAGCAGCAGAUCGAGGAGACACUGCCAGGGUGGCGCCGCCAGUUCUUGUCCUACAAGGCCUUGAAGAAGCUGGUCAGGGCGAUAUCGGCGGCUCAGCCGGCUGCGCUCGACGGGUCUCCGGCGGAGUCGACGUUUAUCUCUCGGCUGAACAGUGAGAUUGAGAAGUUUAAUGCCUUUUUCAUGGAGCAAGAAGAGGAUUUCAUUAUCCGCCACAGGGUUCUUUCGUUCGUUCGUUCUGCUCCUCUCUUUUUAAAGGAUCUUUCUACUACUAGAAUUGCAUCACAGGAUACAAAUAGUUGUUAAUAACCAGGGGCCAUAUCACAUAGAAGAAAUGAUGAACAUCAGGAAAGACAUUAUCGAUUUUCAUGGGGAAAUGAUUCUUCUGAUAAACUACAGCAAUCUUAACUACACAGGCUUGGCCAAGAUUCUGAAGAAGUAUGACAAGAGAACUGGCGGACAACUUCGCCCUCCUUUCAUUAAAAAAGUUCUUCAACAACCCUUCUUCACCACUGAUCUUGUUUCUAAAUUGGUGAAGGAGUGUGAGAGCACUAUAAACACCAUAUUCCCGGAUUCGGAAGAAACCAUUAAAAUGGGGUUGGGACAAGAGAAGGUUCCACUUAGAGGAGAAAGUAUAUUCAGAAACAAUGUUGCUGCUCUUCUCAAUAUGCAAGAAAUCAGAAAAGGAAGCUCGACUUAUAGUCACUUUUCCCUCCCGCCUCUUACUUUAACAGACUUUGAUCUCAUUCAGUCAUUGCAACUUCCUCCCCUUAUUGCUAUUCCUUGACGAUUGUACUUUAUAUGAUACUCAGCUUGACCAUGUUAAGCUGUUAACACUAAUGACUAUCCUUUUAACCUUUUUACUCGUUUCUUAGUUUUAUUGUUGAGGGUGCUAGAGUCAGAACUUGUUCAUGACACAAUUACACGAAGAAAAUCAGCUAUAUUGUAUGAGAAAAAUACCUUGUAUGACUAUAAGCUUUUAUGUUUCUGAAUGUAAUACUCAUAAUUUCACCCGAUGUGAUGGCAUAUAUGGUGUAUGCAUUCCAUCCGGCCUUUUACUUAUUUAUUUAUAUAUUCAUCACUCAUACUUGGAUCAUUCUAUAUGUGAUAACUUACCAUUCC